CAAACACUGGUUGAGUUGACAUCUGGUCCAGCUGGUCCAACAGGCCUAACAAGAGAAGGGGAGGAGAAAGAGGAAGGUUUCACACCUGACACGGUGCAAUGUUCAACUUUGACAAAAUUAAUGCCAGCCCGAGAAGGAAUAAAAACCAUGUGUUAAAAGCUUUUCUUCCUCCUGAAUGAAGCAUCAGACAUGAAGAUGGAAGAAUUAUUCGCUGGCAGUCCUUUUGACUUACCUUAUCAGUGAUUAUAAGGACUCUGGAAAUCAAAUUCAAGCCAGGUUGCACCCUUUAUGUAAUCCUGCCAACAUGUGUGAUAACAGGGAAAGACACGGGCUUGGGCAUAGCCAGAACAACUUAGCGGGAAGGGCCCCUAAUGUAAAGCCAAAACUCGACGAAAGAGGUAGAAGCAGCGACGAGCAGCAACGGAAGACGAAGAAACCUGCAAGAGUCAGACGGUCAAGGAGCAACGAGUCGCACGGAGUGGAAAGAGGGCGACGGAGAGAAAAAGACAGGCACAGCGGAGGUUGGAGACGACGUGGAAGAAGCGAAGAAGCCCGAAGAAGAGAAAACAGGGAGAGCGAUCGGAGAAAGGAGCUGAGGCGCUCUGAAAAUGACAUUGACGUAACCGAGUGUGCUAUUUGUUUUUGCUCUUAUGACAAUACUUUCAAAACCCCAAAACUGCUGGUUUGUGGGCACACCUUUUGCCUGGAAUGUCUAGCUCGCAUCAACGUCACCUCUGCUGAACUCAAGGCCCUGUCUUGCCCUGUGUGUCGCGAGUUGACCGAGAUUCCACAUGGCCAGGACCUACCCCGACUGAGCAACAACGAAGACAUCAUCGGACAACUUCCACCAGAUAUGCGAAGGGCACUGUCCAUUCGCUUCAAGCGAAGUCAAGGCAAACUGUUACUGAAGAAUCCUGGGACCGUCAUUCUUACUAAAUCCAGAGUGCCCAAAAGUCAAGAGGGUCAGGUGGAAGAUUGUGACCUGAGCCAGAGGAUACCACGGCAGACAGUGGUUCAGGCCACCAUUGUAGAUGUUGGAAGGCCUCCCAACCGCGUGAGAGGACAUUUGCGUAGGCUGUUCCGUUCAGACCAAUGCUACUACGCUGUGGUGGUGUCCAUCAUCUCUGUCACUGUCGCACUGGUACUGGUGGGUAUUCUGGCCUUUGUCAUUGUACCAAAUGUUAUCCUUCAACAGCAGCCUGUUCCUUCGGGAAACCAGUCAACACCGAUCAGCAGUGAAGAAGAACCAUAACAGACAGUGGAAAUUAGGCACGUCAUGUUUACAUCAGAAAGCACCAGUUACUUUUUCUUAAAAUAAUAAUAAUAAUAAUAAUAAUAAUAAUAAUAAUAAAUAUAUUUGAAUAACAUAUAACGAAGAUGGAUUUUAAUAAUGAUGUCUGAAUCUGAUGAUAUCCCGCGAAUAUUACGGGCAAACAGUCUUUUCACAUUAUCAGGGGAACUGCUAGAUGCAGAUUUCCGCAGAUAUUUCAUGUUAGCUCUUCAUUGCUGAAUGACCUCCUUGAGAAUUAUAAACAACUGUGAGAUAAUAUUCUUAUCUAGGUUAUGUAAGUUUCAUUACAUUUUAAAUGACAACAACUUAAUAAAAAGGGGUUGCGACGGUAGAUUGCUGUAACGCAAGCGUGGGCAAACUUUUUGAGUCGUGGGCCACGAUUGUCCUAACGAUUGAACAGCGGGGCAGGGUCAGGAGCAGAUAGAUGGAGCGUUCGUGUAAACUAAGAUAAGUGACAUGUAAAAGUCAUGCAUAUAAUUUUCUACGCCAUCUAUUGGGGAAACGUGGACAUUGCAGGGAAAAGGCAGAAGUAUAAUGAUAAUAUGAAUGAAUUACAUAAUUUGGAAAAGUUUGGCAGGCCGAGUUAAAAAGCUGAACAGGCCGCAUCUGGCCCCCUGGCCUUAGUUUGCCCAUGACUGCUGUAACCUCUUGGACGUGUCAGGAUGAUGUUGCAAGCAAUAAUAUAUAAUAAGUCAAACGUAGUAUUUAAAAUGUGAUCUGAAUUUGCAUUGACGACCAUAUUCAGGGGCAAUGGAAUAUUGCAAAGAAUAUGCUAUAAAUGAGCGGUCCCCCAACCCCCAGUUUGUGGACUGAUGCCAGUCUGUAGAUCAAAAGAAUCCAGUCAUAUCCCUUUACUUUUUUCCAUUAAAGAUAAUCUGACAAUGUUUCAAAACAAUAGUUCAUUCAGAUUUUGAUCCUAACAGAAUAAUGUCUAAAAGAUGUUUUAUUUUGAAAAUUUAACCCUGACAUGAUGCCUUGAUGCAUGACCCAUGAUAUACUGAGUUAAAAUUCAUUUUAAUAGCUGUCCACUGUAGUGACCGUCAUGCAUGAAAGGGUUAAUCGUCCUUCAAUGAUGGCACGGUAUUACCGGUCUGCAGUAACUGCUGCUUUAAAUGAAUGUAUCAUUUUCAAGAUUAGCUUGAUUACAAAAAAGAAAUGGUCAAUUUCCUGUAUAUAAAGUGGUUUGCCAUAAUUGCAAGUCCCUGAACUUCAAAACAUAUGCAUGUGAAUAGCCAAGAUCAGGCUGCUUUUAAUGGGCAAUAAGCUGUAAAUGUCAAACGGAACAAAAUGCUGUGAUACAAAGUAUCUUAUUUCUUUCUUAUUUUUGGUAUGUUAAGCUUAUUUUCAAAUCUUUGAAGAAUAUUAGCAACAAGCUGCUUGUAAAUAUGCUUAGAUGAUUUAUAUUUUCUAUAUAUGUAUUUAUGUAAACAGUAUAUAUACAUAUGUAUAUGUAUAUACUGUAUAUACUGUUCUUAUUAUUACCUGUACUUGCCUUAUUCAACAUUGUUGAACAAUUACAUGAAAUAUGUUGU